AACAGGAGGAGGAAGAACAAACAAAGAAAAAUAACACCUGCAAAAAAACAGCUGUUGACUCCACCGCCUCGAAGCGCGCCACACCUGCGCCAGACACCGCCAUGGAGGGACGUCUCACAAUCAAUUUGUUCCUCGUAUCCCUCUACACUGCCGCCUCCACGGCGUCGGAAGCGGGCAAAGUGAAGGUGACAGUAUUCUACGAGUCCCUGUGUCCAGACAGCAGGAAUUUCAUCGUCAACCAGCUGUACCCUGUCUGGAAUGAACUCAAGCACAUCAUUGAACUUGAUAUAAAUGCAUAUGGGAAAACUCAUGAACAGAAGAAUGGUAAUGAGUCCACAUUUCGCUGCCAACACGGCCCGCGGGAAUGUGCAGCCAACGCCAUGCUCACUUGCGCUAAGAAGUAUGUCAGUGAUGAACAGAAACUCAUGGACUUCACCAAGUGUCUUAUGGAAAUGAGAAGAGGGAUUUUGUCUGCCACAGAGUGUGCUCGCCUGGCCGGUGUGGACCUAGGCGACGCCGCGCGAUGCCACCACACGGCGGAGGGGGCGACCUUGCAGUCCGAGAUCGGCGAGAGACAACAACAGCUCGACCCUCGUCUCGACUACGUUCCUUGGAUUCUUAUUAACGACGUAUUCACCAAAAGCCAGCUCACGGCGGCGCAAAGGAACCUCAGGGACGUGAUAUGCACAAUUUACGAAGGAGAUUGCCCUUGAUAAGAACAUUUUCAACGAAACAUCACUCACUGAACUUUGCGUCGGAAAAUCAUCGUCGAUGUCACAGUAACACGAUCAGCAGUGACUUAAUUAUUGUUUUGGAAUAAGGUUGUUUACUUAUUAUGAAGGUAAUAUUCAUCAUUGUUUUCUUCUUCGAGAAUAAAUGGGAAUAUAGAGAA